ACUAUUUUCCUCCCCCAAAAUAAAAUCCCCACAAACCCUAUUCUCAUUUUCUUCGUCUGUCAGCCGCCCUUAGCCCCUCCCCCAGCUCCGCAACAAUCAGAAAUGACAACCCGCUUCAAGAAGAACCGCAAGAAACGCGGCCACGUGAGCGCUGGUCACGGCCGCAUCGGCAAGCAUCGCAAGCACCCGGGAGGUCGCGGAAACGCCGGAGGCAUGCACCACCACAGGAUCCUCUUCGACAAGUACCACCCUGGGUACUUUGGAAAAGUCGGAAUGAGGUACUUCCACAAGCUCCGCAACAAGUUCUACAGCCCCAUCGUCAACAUCGACAAGCUUUGGUCUCUCGUCCCCCAAGACGUGAAGGCAAAGGCCAACAAGGAUGCCGCUCCGAUGAUCGACGUGACGCAGUUCGGGUAUUUUAAGGUCCUGGGGAAGGGUGUGUUGCCCGAGAAUCAACCGAUCGUGGUUAAGGCUAAGUUGGUUUCGAAGACUGCUGAGAAGAAAAUUAAGGAGGCCGGUGGUGCUGUUGUGCUCACCGCCUAGGUUAGUGUUUUUGUUUCUUUUGGAUCUGAAAGACAUUUCUGCUAUAUUAUUAUCUUUCCGUUGUUUGGAGUUAUUUUUGAAAUGAGAUUUUAUAUUAAUAUCCUGAAUUUUGUCUAAUUUUUUAACAUUGGUAUUUGUUUGGUCUAUGAAAAUUUAAUGAAUCUUAUGUGGGGCUGGUCAUGGCUUUCUUCUGUGUUGGAGAAUGAUGAGAUAAAAGAUGCGUUCUCUUGAGCCAUUUUUCCUUGCAAAACCCAAUCUUACGAGUUACUGUUAUGGAUCAAAAUGAAGUCGCCUCUUUAGUCAUCUGUCAUUAAAUUUAAUUAGUAUCAGAUUCAUAUGUCCAGUUGGAGUAAAGGUUUGCGCCCUACUUUAUUGUCAUUACUCAUUAGUGGAUUACUAUCUGAGAAUGGUAUGUUAUCUCUUGUGCUAAUGCACAUUUGA